AAGGACAACGGAGAAGUAGAAGCAAGAGAUGAGAGGACGUUCUUAUCCAAAUCUUUAAUCAUGGCCGACGCGGCGGAGGGACUGAGAUAGAUCGGAGAGCCACCGCGUCCGAUGGCCUGCCGGAGAUCCGAUUGAUUCUCUGAAAGAAGCUCGCCGGAGAGAAGGGGGAUAAAAUUCCGGCGGAUCUAGGGUUUUCAAUUUCCGAUGGCUUUUUUCUUCAGAAUCGGCUUCCUCAUCCUCCUCGUCGCCGCCGUUGCCACCGCCUGCUUCACUCUCCCUCUCCAAAAGAUUUUGAAGCAUUUCUUAUUAUGGGUUCAUCAUGAUCUUGGCCUCUGGGGUCCAGUUGUCCUGGCUGUUGCAUACAUUCCACUCACAAUCAUGGCUGUUCCAGCCUCAAUCCUGACUCUUGGGGGAGGUUACUUAUUUGGGUUGCCCAUUGCCAUCGUUGCUGAUUCUGUUGGUGCAACUGCUGGUGCUGCUGCUGCAUUUCUUCUUGGAAGAACCAUCGGGAAAUCGUUCGUUAUCUCCAAGUUGAAGGACUAUCCGCAGUUUCGCUCGGUUGCAAUUGCAAUCCACAGAUCUGGAUUUAAGAUUAUUCUGUUACUUCGGCUUGUUCCCUUACUUCCAUUCAAUAUCAUGAAUUAUCUCUUGUCUGUGACUCCUAUUUCACUUGGGGACUACAUUUUGGCUUCCUGGUUGGGAAUGAUGCCAAUUACAGUUGGAUUAGUAUACAUGGGAACAACUCUGAAGGAUCUAUCUGAUGUGACUCACAGCUGGAAUGAAUUUUCAAAGUCUAAUUGGGCAUUUAUCAUGCUCGGUCUUUUGGUAUCUGUGGUUCUAAUAGUUUGCAUCACACGAAUUGCCAAAUCUGCUCUAGAGAAAGCUUUGGCCGAAAACGAGGAUUACAACGAUUACGAUGAUAUCGCUUCGGCUCAGCUACCUGUUGUUGCGGUUGCUCCUUUAGAUCUGAAGCAGCCUCUGAUAAUCAAGAUAGAACCAACUGAAAAUAGCCAUGAAAAAUAAGGUCAUGUUCUUGAUGAACCAUUUUGGUUCCUUCCACAAUUACUGAGAAUAACUUUUGAUCUGUACAUAAACUUAGGGACUUGAUUAUCUCCAUUUGUAGAAGAAGCUUGAUUUCUUUUGGCUUAGCAGUGGAUUGUUAGAGUAGCUUCUGUCUUCAGGAUGAAUGAAUAUCAUCAUAAUUAUUGUAGGCAGUCCCUAAACUUUUGAAUCAUCCUAGGAAAAAAAAUUAGCAAAAUUUUAACAGAGUUCAUCUCUUCAAUGUGUGUUCAAAAGUCCGAGUUGAUAUGAAAGUCACUUGGGAUGCAAACAUGGUCCUACAUCGAUAUUAGAAAUAGGGGGUAAUAUUUUCAUGGA